CAUUCUCUUUCUUUCUCUAGUUUUUUCCCCUUUCAAAAAGCUAUGGAGAAACAAAACCUCAAAAAAGUUGAACCCAAGAAGAAGGUGAAGAUAAUCAACACAAGCUCAUUACCGGUUAAGCAACAAGAAGACGCAUUCCGAUUGGUUGGUUCCAUCGUUGAAAAGGGUAUCGAUGACGGUAACUCUCAAAACAAAACCACUCCUUCUUACUCUUUUCCUAAACCCUCCGUUGUUCCGUUCCCCGUUGCACGUCAUCGUUCUCACGGUCCUCAUUGGCAUCCACUGAAUAGUAAAGGGGGUUAUGAUCACGGCAAUGAUGAUAGUGACAAUGAUAUUGAAGAUGAGGAAGAUGCAGCUUUAAUGGGGUUUGAGAAAGUUGCUGCUUUUGCUAAUCCAGUACAAAGGAAGAAAACAAAGGGUUUGGAUUUUGGAAAGUGGAAAGAGAUUACUCAAGAUGAUAAAUCUUCCAUUAGGCGGGAUUUAGAAAAUGAUGUCACAGCCUCUAGUCAAACUACAAGGAAAAAGAAAAAUGAAAAUGGCGGUAAGAUUACAGACAAGAAAAUCUCAACUUGUUCAGAUGGAAGUUUCUUUGAGUCUAUGGAAGUGGAUUUGAAGCCGCAGUUAGAUAAAUCAGAUGGGGUUUUUAUCAAUUCAGCCACUUCCAUGGAAUUAGAUACUUCAAAUAAGGUGGAUAAUCAUAAAAAAGUUGAUUAUGCCGUAGCUUAUAACGACAAGAAAGAAAAAGAAUUUGCAGCUGAGCGGAACCAAGUUUUUCCCGAUAGAAUGACUGAUCACAGUUCGACAUCUAAGAAAAAUUACUUUGUGCAUGAUCAAGAGCCGACAUCUCUUGAGAGUGAAAUUGAUUCUGAGAAUCAAGCUCGGAUCCAGCAAAUGUCAGCUGAGGAGAUUGCAGAAGCCAAGGCUGACAUAAUGGAAAAGAUAAGUCCCUCGUUACUGAAAGUACUGCAGAAAAGGGGGAAGGAGAAACUUAAGAAGUCCAAUGGUUUAAAAUCGGAAGUGGGUACUGUUGCUGAAUCUGUGAAUCAACAAGUUCAGAAUACUCAAGAAGGUAAGCGUAUGCAGACAGAGGAUGCCAUUUCCCAUACUGCCGUGGCGCCACCAUCCAAAAAACUGCUGGAUGAUAAGAAUGUUAGCGGAAAGACUUCAACCACCACAGGCAGUAGCUCAUGGAAUGCUUGGAGCGAGAGAGUUGAGGCAGUUAGGGAGUUACGGUUUUCAUUGGCUGGAGAUGUUGUUGAUACUGAACAGGAGCCUGUGUACGAUAGUAUCAGAGAGCGUGACUAUUUGAGGACUGAGGGAGAUCCUGGUGCAGCUGGUUAUACAAUUAAAGAAGCACUGUCUCUCACUAGAAGUGUGGUUCCUGGACAAAGAGCCCUUGCACUGCAUCUCCUUUCAUCUGUUCUUGACAAGGCACUAUGCUAUAUUUGCAAAGAAAGUACUGGAAAUAUGACAAAAACAGGGAACGAAGUCGACAAAUCAGUUGACUGGGAGGCUGUUUGGACUUAUGCACUUGGUCCUCAACCAGAGCUCGCGUUGUCACUUAGGAUAUGUCUUGAUGAUAACCAUAAUUCUGUUGUUUUGGCCUGUGCAAAGGCUGUUCAAUCUGCACUGAGUUGUGAUGUGAAUGAGAACUACUUUGAUAUCUCUGAGAAGAUGGCAACUUGUGACAAGGAUAUUUGCAGUGCUCCGGUUUUUAGGAGCAGACCAGAUAUAUCUCUUGGAUUCCUUCAGGGGGGAUAUUGGAAGUACAGUGCAAAAUCUUCUAAUAUUCUACCUUUUAGCGAGGAUUCUAUGGAUAAUGAGAGCGAUGAGAAGCACACGAUUCAAGAUGAUGUAUUUGUUGCUGGACAAGAUUUUACUGCAGGUCUAGUUCGCAUGGGGAUACUUCCUAGACUUCUUUAUCUUUUGGAGACAGAUCCUUCGGCAUCUUUGGAAGAAUAUAUUGUUUCUAUAUUGAUUGCCAUAGUAAGGCAUUCACCUUCAUGUGCUAAUGCAGUGCUGAGAUGCGAAAGACUUGUACAGACAAUUGUGCAAAGAUUUACUGUUGGCAAUUUUGAAAUUCGAUCUUCGAUGAUAAAGUCUGUAAAACUCUUGAAGGUCUUAGCUCGGUUGGACAGGAAAACUUGUUUAGAGUUUAUAAAGAAUGGGUACUUCAAUGCCAUGACUUGGAAUUUAUAUCAACUUCCUUUGUCCAUUGACGACUGGCUAAAGUUAGGGAAGGAAAAAAGUAAACUCAAGUCUGCUCUGACUAUUGAACAAUUGCGUUUCUGGAUGGUCUGCAUUCAAUAUGGAUAUUGUGUGUCUUACUUCUCCCAGAUCUUCCCUGCCUUGUGUUUUUGGUUGGAUGUUCCUUCAUUUGAAAAACUUAUCGAAAAUAAUGUUCUGUAUGAAUCUACUUGCAUCUCUAGGGAGGCAUAUCUUGUUCUGGAGUCUUUGGCCGGCAGACUUCCAAAUUUGUAUACACAACAGUGUCUAACAAAUCAACAUCCGGAAUCUACUGAUGAUGCAGAGGUAUGGUCUUGGAGCUAUGUUGCUCCGAUGGUUGACUUAGGCAUAAAAUGGAUUGCAACAAGAAGUGAUCCAGAAGUAUCUAAGCUGUUUCGGGGACAGGAAAAAGGGAGAACCUACUUUACUUUAGGAGGAGAUCUUUCUGCGACUCCUUUGUUGUGGGUAUAUGCAGCUGUUUCUCAAAUGCUUUUCAGAGUUCUUGAAAGGGUGGCCUUGGGGGAUGCUAUCAGCCUAGAAAAAUCUAAUGGGCAUGUGCCAUGGCUUCCAGAAUUUGUCCCAAAGAUUGGACUUGAAUUGAUCACACAUUGGCAUUUGGGCUUUUCAGUUGCCUUUGGGACAAAAUGUGGAAGAGAUUCCGGUGAUGAUGGAUCUUUUAUGAAGGAACUAAUUCAUUUGAGGCAGACGGGUGAUAUUGAAAUGUCUUUGGCUUCCACCUGUUGUCUAAAGGGAAUGAUCAAUAUUAUUACUAAAAUCGAUGAUCUGAUACGGUCUGCCAAGACAGGCAUUUGUAGUCCUCCAAGCGAAGAACAAAGUCGAUCAAAAGAAGAAAGAGUGCUUAAGGAAGGCAUAGUCAGUAGGUGUUUGGUUGAAUUAAGGCCAAUGCUUGAUGUUUUCAUGUUUUCUGCUUCUUCAAGGUGGCAGCACAUGCAAGCCAUUGAAAUGUUUGGCAGAGGAGGACCCGCUCCAGGUGUCGGAGUUGGUUGGGGUGCCCGUGGUGGGGGAUUUUGGUCCAAAACAGUUUUAUCGGCUCAAACAGAUGCAAGAUUUCUUGUCUAUUUGCUGGAGAUUUUUGUAAAUGCAUCUAAAGGUGUUCUUGAAACUGAAGAAACGACGUUGACCAUGCAACGGGUUAGCACUGCCUUGGGAUUAUGUUUAACCGCAGGACCUAGGGAUAUGGUUGUUGUAGAGAAGACAUUGGAUCUAUUGUUCCAUGUCUCAAUUUUGAAGUACCUCGAUCUCUGUAUACAGAAUUUUCUCCUUAAAAAGAGGGGUAAAGCCUUUACAUGGCAAUAUGAAGACGACGACUACAUGCACUUCAGUCGGGUUUUAUCAUCUCAUUUCAGGAGCAGAUGGUUGUCUAUAAGGGUGAAGUCUAAAGCCGUUGAUGGCAGUAGUUCUUCUGGCAUUAAGGCCACUCCAAAAGAUGAUGCGCGUUUGGAUACGAUAUAUGAGGACUCAGACAUGUCUUCCUUGACUAGUCCAUGCAGUAGCUCUCUAAUAAUAGAAUGGGCUCGACAAAACCUACCACUUCCGGUCCACUUUUACCUUAGUCCAAUCUCAACAAUUCCCCUUACCAAGCGAGCUGGUCCUCAAAAAGUUGGUAGUGUACACAGCACACAUGAUCCUGCCAAUUUACUUGAAGUUGCCAAAUGUGGACUUUUCUUUAUUUUAGGUAUUGAAACAAUGUCUAAUUUUCAAGGAACUGACAUUCCUUCUCCCAUUCAGCAUGUAUCAUUGACUUGGAAGUUACAUUCACUAUCUGUCAAUUUCCUUGUCGGAAUGGAAAUAAUUGAACAAGAUCAGGGCAGGGAAACUUUUGAAGCUUUACAGGAUCUUUAUGGCGAGGUUCUUGAUAAGGAAAGGCUUAACCGAAAUAAAGAAGUAAUUUCAGAUGAUAAAAAGCAUAUCGAGUUCCUGAGAUUCAAAUCCGAGAUUCACGAGAGUUACUCGAUAUUUAUUGAAGACCUUGUAGAGCAGUUUUCUUCCAUAUCCUAUGGUGAUCUGAUUUUUGGACGGCAAGUUUCACUAUAUUUACACCGCUGUGUUGAAACAUCUAUUAGACUUGCCACCUGGAAUGCACUAUCUAAUGCCCGUGUUCUUGAACUUUUGCCAUCUUUAGAGAAAUGCUUUCCUGGCGCUGAAGGAUACCUUGAACCUGCAGAGGACAAUGAAGAGAUUUUGGAGGCUUAUGCCAAGUCAUGGGUUUCUGAUGCUCUUGACAGGGCCGCGAUUCGAGGAUCAAUCGCAUAUACUAUUGCUGUCCAUCACCUUUCCUCAUUCAUAUUUAAUGCCUGUCCUGUGGAUAAGAUAUUGCUGCGCAACAAGCUUGUUAGGUCUCUCUUGAGGGAUUAUUCUGGGAAACAGCAACAUGAGGGAAUGUUAAUGAACCUCAUUCACCAUAACAAGUUAUCAAUAUCUGACAUGGAUGAAAAGAGGUGGUUAGAGUCCAGGAUGAAUAUAUUGAUUGAGGCAUGUGAGGGAAAUUCCUCUCUUCUGAGACAAGUAGAGAAGUUGAAGGAUGCUGCAGAGAAAAGUUCCUUGUGAGGUAGGUAUACAAGCAUGUAAAUAUUGGUUGGAGUGGUUUGCCUAUCAAGAUUUUGUGAAGCAAGUUCAGCAGCAUGCUGAUGCAACAUCAAAUAUGGUUGCACAGGAAGUUAAGAUGUGCUUUUGGAGUAAAAGAUCCAUGCAUUAAUUACCCACCAAGAUUUGGAAUUGAAAAACGGCCGGGGUAUUAGCAAAUUUCUUUUUUUGAAAAAUAGAAUUUAAUUGUUUGAUAUUUCACUGCAACGGAUUUGAGCAUAUCGAAUGUUUUUAUACACAGGGACUUAAUCAAAUUUAAAGCAUCAGCACUUUUUACUUUUUCAAAGCUUUCAUCUCCCUCCCUCUCCAAACUUCCAAACAUAACUUUAGUGUAUGUUUGGUUAUGAUGCAAAAGAAAAUUGAUUUUGAUCGAAAGUGAUUUGAAAGGAAAGUGGUUAAUGUUUAGAUAAAUUUUUUUGG